UGCUGAAAAUGAACCAUGAAGCAUUGGUGUGAUUGACAGUGCUCAUUAGCAGCAAGACACUAAUGGUGAACAGAGCUGUCACUCACAAUGCCCAGCACUGAGGUCAGUAAGGAGAUUGCAGAGCUCAUUUGGCACACCAGAUGCUGAACUUGUAGGACACAAGACAUCAAAGAAUCCCAGCUAAUUAAGCACGUCGAUGCAUGUGGCACUUUAAUGCCAAUCGUGGUGUGCAAGGGAUAUUGUGGUGGGAAUAUAAUCUGGCAUGCAAAGUGUAUCUGAGGAACUGUACAUUUAUUUUUUUAUUUGAUUUCUCGCAACAACAACAAAAAAAAUCUAAACAAUAGAAGAAGAAAUAUCUUGUGCCCAUGCUCGCCUUCUGAGAAGUUCUGGGGCGCCCUGGAGCCUGUGCCAAGUGCCAAUAGAAUAUUCAUGUGAAGUGAUAGGCGUGCCCUGCAGCCAUGCGCCUCCUGCUUUACAAACACUCAGCCGACUGGCAGCAGCACGACUGCACUCACUCUAUAGAAAGCACCGGAUUAAAAACCGUGCAAAGCGACGGAUACAAAACAGCAGGGAAUUGAAACGAAACGUGCCGAAUCGAGACUGAGACAGAACUUCCGUUUUAUGCUCUACAUCCAAGAUACAGUGCAAUUAGAAAUGCAACUGAAUUCGGGUAGAUAAGUGUAAAAGACUCGGGGGAUAAUCGUUAUUAUUGAUGAAAUCAGGGUUUCUUUUACACUUAACACACCGUCCGUAGAAGCUCGCGCGAAGUUCUCCAAGCUGAAACGCGCGCGCGCUCUCUCUCUCUCUUCUCUCUAUCCGACAUUUCUCUCUCACCCUUGCGCGCGCUCUUGCUCCGGAGAGAUGGCCGAGGAGGACGGUGGCAUGGCGAGUCCAACGGAGUGCGGCGCUCCGAGGGGGAACAGCUUCAGCGUGCUCAACUGGGAGCAGGUGCAGCGGCUGGACAGCAUACUGACCGAGACCAUUCCGAUCCACGGCCGGGGCAACUUCCCCACGCUGGAGAUGCAGCCGCGGCAGAUCGUGAAGGCGGUGCGGAGUCGCCUGGAGCAGAGUGAGAUACGGGUGCGCGACGUGCGUCUCAACGGCUCAGCCGCCAGCCACGUGCUGCACGAAGACAGCGGCCUCGGCUACAAGGACCUGGACCUGAUCUUCUGCGCCGAGCUUAAAGGCGAGAGCGAGUUCCAGAUGGUCAAGGACAUAGUGCUGGACUGUCUACUCGACUUCCUCCCAGAAGGAGUCAACAAGGAGAAAAUUACACCAUUGACCCUAAAGGAAGCUUAUGUUCAGAAGAUGGUGAAAGUAUGCAAUGACUCGGACCGUUGGAGCCUCAUCUCACUCUCCAACAACAGAGGCAAGAAUGUGGAGCUGAAGUUUGUUGACUCGUUGCGGCGGCAGUUUGAGUUCAGCGUGGACUCGUUUCAGAUCAAGCUAGACUCUCUGCUUCUGUUUUAUGAAUGUUCGGAGAACCCGAUGGCCAAAACGUUCCACCCGAGCAUUAUUGGUGAGAGUGUGUAUGGAGACUUCAGCAUGGCCCUGGAGCACCUCCGCAACAAGUUGAUCUGCACAAGGAACCCGGAGGAGAUCCGUGGUGGUGGCCUGCUCAAGUACUGCCAUCUACUGGUGAGGGGCUUUCGAGCAGACUCGGAGAGCGAGAUGAAGUCUCUGCAGCGCUACAUGUGCUCACGCUUCUUCAUUGACUUCUCUGACAUCAACGAGCAGCAGCGCAAACUGGAAUCCUACCUCCAGAACCAUUUCGUGGGCUUGGAGGAUCGCAAAUACGACUAUCUGAUGACGCUGCACGGGGUGGUAAAUGAAAGCACGGUGUGCCUGAUGGGACAUGAGAGGCGGCAGACAUUAGGGCUCAUCGCCAUGCUGGCUGUUCGUGUGCUGGCAGAGCAGAACGUCAUACCCAAUGUGGCAAACGUCACCUGCUACUACCAGCCCGCCCCAUAUGUAGCCGAUGCUAACUUCAGCAAUUACUAUAUUGCCCAGGUGCAGCCAGUGUUCGCUUGCCAGCAGCACACAUACUCAACCUGGUUACCUUGCAACUGAGCGUACGGUGUGUCAAGAAAAAAAAAAAGAAAGAAAACAAAAGGUUGUAUUUUUACUCAGAAGCUAAAUCAGAUUUGCAAAUUUGUCCAGAGCAUUUCAGAGAAGCCAGAGCAAAUGAUUGUGCUUUUCCGCUCUGAAUGAAAAGCCCCAGAGUAAAUUUCAGAGUGCAUACUAAAGCAAAAAAAAAUUUGCAUUACAAGGGGUAAACGAGUCAGCUGACUGUUCUGAUUGUAAUUUCGACAAGCUUUGCUAAACAGAUGUCAGGAGGGUUUGAUGUGGCCCUACAGUGCCCAUCUCUGGAACGAUCUGUACAGCCUCUUCUGAAGCAAUCUAACAGUCCAUGAUAAUGCUACCAAUGGACAGUCGAUAAAUACCUGACCAGAGACUGGCUUUAUUAUUGCUGUGUUUUGGAAAGCUCUCACGCUGACCAUAUGGGUGCAGCAGCCUUUCUUCAUGUGGUCUGUGUACGAAGUUACCGAAGACAAAAAAAAUACAGAGCUGGAUUCUUUAUUGAGCUCUAACGUUUGAUCUAACACAAAAAGGUGAGGGGAUAACUUAUUUAAAAUGGGAAAAAAAAUACGUCUUAGAAAGCAGUCAUAUUCUUAACGAGUGUUUACAAAACCAAAGAUUUUAUGAUUGUCUCUUUUUAUUGCCCAAAUUUGAAGGUAGUUCUGUCUAUAUUUGUAUAUGUGAAACAUUAAGUGCCUAAUGCAGAAUGUUAAGGGAAUUGCGCUGAGCAUUCUGCUCUUUGUGAAUAAACUAACUUAGUCAGUGAUUGUCAUAGACUACAAAGGGACUCAAAGAUUGUGAAUGUAUGGCCGGCUAGAUAGUCAUUUUGUUAGAAAGUCAAUACAGCAUCAUCAUUGCGGAUGAGAAAAGGCUAUUUUUCAAAUUUAUAGAAGAGAGAUUAAGACAGAACAUCUCGAUAUUUGUGGUGCUCUAUUUUUGAAACACUGCUUUAAAACUGAAGAAAAUUACUCAGCCACAUUAUCUAUCUCCUAAUUUAUUGUUUCUUGUAAAUGAGCAGGAGUCACAUGGAAACGACUCCCUUAUCACACUUGUUACUGUAUGUGUCAUAAUUAACAAGUUUAGAUCUUUUUCCGAUUUUUUUUGUUGCUUAAGCUCUGUAGGUUUGGCAAAAUGCAGCAUGACCCUAGUUUGUACAUUUCAGUUCACAUUGAAUUCUCAUCUCUGUUGGCUUAUAACAGACAAGUGGACAAAAAUCCUGUGUCGGGUGAGAACGGAAAGUCAAAGGCAUGCUGCGCUAGGAAACAAAGAGCCAUGUUAUUUAACAGAGCGAGGGGAGUGCGUUUCCCCGCUGCCCUGAGGGAACAUAUUUGUUGAGGCACUUCUGAAGGUGGGACAGUAUUUGAUGUAACAACCUAGCAGGGAAUUCCUCAGUCGAUGCUGAAGCGAUGAGACUAAAACCGGCAGUGUUCAGCUUCCUCGCGCGGGUUCACCGUUCUGUGUGCUCAGUGUUAGCUCGGAAUUCGGCUCCUGCAAGCAGAGCAGAACUCGUUCUUGAUUAAUAGCGACAAGAGGAAGCAUGUCUGGACGGCUGAGAUAUGUAAACUUGAGAUGGAGAAGGCAGGGAAUGGGGGAAUGUGUGAAAGAGUGCAUGGGAGAGCUGAGGAGGAGCAGGAGAGGGAGUGAGAGCUGGGGAGAUGGGUGCAGCUGGUGAAGGGGUUCAUCUCACUCUGCAUAUAGUUUUUAAUCAGGACCGCCUGUUUCGGCUCUAAAUGAUGUCGCUCUUAGCCACAGAUUAUUAAGGAGACAUAAACAGGAACAAUGUUGACCCAGUAUACUUAAAUAUAGUAUAUUCAAGUGUAGCACACAAACACUUCAACACCAGCAUUUGAAAAAGGAAUGUGCCUGUGAAAUACAGAAAUAAAGGGCCAAUAAACUUGUAACAAAAUGUAGUUGGGGUAAACGAGGCAGCAAUUAAUUUGAGAAUGGUCCCUGUUUUCUCCAUUCUGCCAGGUUUGGAUUUGUCAGGUUAGUUGUUUAUAGAUAGCACAGUGCAGUGAUGCUGAGAGGAGCCUGUGCAUAGACUAUGCUUUGUGUCUACUGCUAAAUGAAGCAGAAUCUUAAAUGUUCUAUAUAUAUUUUUCUCUAUCCUGUUAUUUUAUAUGCUCAUGUUCUCUUUUGUCGUUUUUGUGAUUCACGUGCAACCUUGUUUGUUGAGUGACUUUUUUGUCACGUUUGUUGCUGGAGUCCUGUGGAUGAUGCACACAGCAGGAAUUUACACACGCCCCAUGAAAGCUAUGAGAGUUUAGUGUUGCUUAGCUGGCAAAAAAAGUUAUAAAUAAAUAAAUAAUCAACAAACAAAAAAAUUCUAAGCAAAUAGCAGACCAUCGUGUUGCACAGUGCAACAAAAUCGCUUAAAAAUGUCCAAAAAUACAUUUUUUUUUUUUGUUAUUUGUUAUGUUGAAUAUAUGUAUUAUACAUUAUAAUUGUCAAUCCGCUUCGAAACGUGUGAUCAAGCUGCUAAAUGUUUGAUUUUUUUUUUUUUAUCGCUCUUUUGCAAAUAUUGUUGAUGUGUCCCAUGGGUCGAACAUUUAAAGGAUUUUUUUUUUCUCAAUAAAAGAUGAAAAACA